CCAUUGGCGUGUGGAAAAUGCCACCAGAUGGCGGGUUAGGAUUGCAGCUCCGCUGAAGGCGCGGCCCCAGCUCUCGAACCCCCGGCGACCACCCCGCUAAAACCCCCCCACAUCGGGAAUAACACACCGGAGACUUUUAGGGGAAAACCGGGUCGGUGGCCGGCGGCGCCGGGAUGGGCAGCCGAGAUUUACCUUUGAGGUUAAUUUCAUAAAAAAAAUCUUUGAAGAAGCUGCACCUCUCUCAGAACUCUUAUCCCAUUAAAAAACUGCUGCAACAAUGAUUACAUCAGAGUUGCCAGUGUUACAGGAUUCAACUAAUGAAACUACUGCUCAUUCAGAUGCUGGCAGUGAACUUGAAGAAACAGAGGUCAAAGGGAAAAGAAAAAGGGGCCGUCCUGGCCGGCCUCCAUCUACAAAUAAGAAACCUCGGAAGUCUCCAGGAGAGAAGAGCCGUUCUGAAGCUGGAAUUAGGGGAGCUGGCCGUGGAAGAGCUAAUGGUCAUCCACAGCAGAAUGGAGACGGGGAGCCUGUCACAUUAUUUGAAGUAGUAAAACUGGGGAAAAGUGCAAUGCAGUCUGUGGUGGAUGACUGGAUUGAAUCAUAUAAACAGGACAGGGACAUAGCACUUCUGGAUUUAAUCAACUUCUUUAUCCAGUGUUCAGGAUGUCGAGGUACUGUAAGAAUUGAGAUGUUCAGGAAUAUGCAGAAUGCAGAAAUCAUCAGAAAAAUGACUGAAGAAUUUGAUGAGGACAGCGGUGAUUAUCCCCUAACCAUGCCUGGACCUCAGUGGAAAAAAUUUCGCUCAAACUUUUGUGAAUUCAUUGGAGUUCUGAUUCGACAGUGUCAAUAUAGCAUAAUUUAUGAUGAGUAUAUGAUGGAUACAGUUAUUUCCCUUUUGACUGGUUUAUCAGAUUCCCAAGUCCGAGCUUUUAGGCAUACAAGUACCUUGGCUGCCAUGAAGCUUAUGACUGCUCUGGUGAAUGUUGCCUUAAACCUAAGUAUUCAUCAGGAUAAUACACAAAGACAGUAUGAAGCAGAAAGAAACAAAAUGAUUGGUAAGCGAGCUAAUGAAAGGCUGGAGUUACUACUUCAGAAACGCAAAGAGCUGCAAGAAAACCAAGAUGAAAUUGAAAACAUGAUGAACUCUAUUUUUAAGGGUAUAUUUGUUCAUAGAUACCGUGAUGCAAUUGCUGAGAUUAGAGCCAUUUGUAUUGAAGAAAUUGGAGUAUGGAUGAAAAUGUAUAGUGAUGCUUUCCUAAAUGACAGUUAUUUAAAAUAUGUUGGCUGGACUCUUCACGAUAGGCAAGGUGAAGUCAGGCUGAAGUGUUUAAAAGCUCUACAGAGUCUAUAUACCAAUAGAGAAUUGUUCCCCAAAUUGGAACUGUUUACAAACAGAUUCAAGGAUCGCAUUGUAUCAAUGACACUUGAUAAGGAAUAUGAUGUUGCUGUGGAAGCCAUUCGAUUAGUUACUUUAAUACUUCAUGGAAGUGAAGAAGCACUUUCCAAUGAAGACUGUGAAAAUGUUUACCACUUGGUAUACUCAGCACACCGGCCUGUUGCAGUAGCAGCAGGAGAAUUCCUUCACAAAAAGCUAUUUAGCAGGCAUGACCCCCAAGCAGAAGAAGCAUUAGCAAAGAGGAGGGGUCGGAACAGUCCCAAUGGAAACCUGAUCAGGAUGCUGGUUCUUUUCUUUCUUGAAAGUGAGUUGCAUGAACAUGCAGCUUACCUGGUGGACAGUUUGUGGGAGAGCUCUCAAGAACUAUUGAAAGAUUGGGAAUGUAUGACAGAAUUGUUAUUAGAAGAACCUGUCCAAGGAGAAGAAGCAAUGUCUGACCGGCAAGAGAGCGCUCUUAUAGAGCUGAUGGUCUGUACGAUUCGUCAGGCUGCUGAAGCCCACCCUCCAGUGGGGAGAGGAACUGGCAAGAGAGUGCUAACUGCCAAAGAAAGGAAAACUCAAAUUGAUGAUAGAAACAAACUGACAGAACAUUUUAUUAUUGCACUUCCUAUGUUGCUAUCAAAGUAUUCUGCUGAUGCCGAGAAGGUAGCUAAUCUGCUUCAAAUUCCACAGUAUUUUGACCUAGAAAUCUAUAGCACAGGCAGAAUGGAAAAGCAUCUGGAUGCCUUAUUAAAGCAAAUUAAAUUUGUUGUGGAGAAACAUGUAGAAUCAGAUGUCCUAGAAGCCUGCAGUAAAACUUACAGCAUCUUAUGUAGUGAAGAAUAUACAAUCCAAAAUCGAGUUGAUAUAGCUCGGAGCCAACUAAUAGAUGAAUUUGUGGAUCGAUUUAAUCAUUCUGUAGAAGAUCUCUUGCAAGAGGGAGAAGAAGCUGAUGAUGAUGAUAUUUAUAAUGUUCUCUCAACACUAAAGAGAUUGACUUCUUUUCACAAUGCUCAUGACCUUACAAAAUGGGAUCUAUUUGGUAACUGCUACAGAUUACUGAGGACUGGAAUUGAGCAUGGAGCUAUGCCAGAACAGAUAGUAGUUCAGGCGCUUCAGUGUUCCCAUUACUCAAUUCUCUGGCAGUUGGUGAAAAUUACUGAUGGCUCUCCUUCUAAAGACGAUUUGUUGGUAUUGAGGAAAACUGUGAAAUCCUUCUUGGCUGUUUGCCAGCAGUGCCUAUCCAAUGUUAACACCCCAGUCAAGGAAGAGGCUUUCAUGUUGCUUUGUGACCUCUUGAUGAUUUUCAGCCACCAGUUAAUGACAGGGGGCAGGGAGGGGCUUCAGCCUUUGGUGUUUAAUCCAGACACUGGACUGCAGUCUGAGCUCCUCAGUUUUGUGAUGGACCAUGUCUUCAUUGAUCAAGAUGAAGAGAACCAAAGCAUGGAAGGUGACGAGGAAGACGAAGCUAACAAGAUCGAGGCCUUACAUAAGAGAAGAAACCUUUUGGCGGCCUUUAGUAAACUUAUCAUUUAUGACAUUGUGGACAUGCAUGCAGCUGCUGAUAUCUUCAAACACUACAUGAAGUAUUACAAUGACUAUGGUGACAUCAUUAAGGAAACAUUGAGUAAAACAAGACAGAUCGAUAAGAUUCAGUGUGCAAAAACCCUCAUUCUCAGUUUACAGCAGUUAUUUAAUGAGCUUGUUCAAGAACAAGGCCCCAACUUGGACAGGACAUCUGCCCAUGUCAGUGGCAUUAAAGAAUUGGCACGAAGAUUUGCUCUCACCUUUGGGCUGGAUCAGAUCAAGACCAGGGAAGCAGUUGCAACACUUCACAAAGAUGGCAUAGAAUUUGCUUUCAAAUACCAAAAUCAAAAGGGACAAGAGUAUCCACCUCCUAACCUGGCUUUCCUUGAAGUUUUAAGUGAAUUCUCUUCUAAACUUCUUCGGCAGGACAAAAAGACAGUCCAUUCAUACCUAGAGAAAUUCCUGACAGAGCAGAUGAUGGAAAGGAGGGAAGAUGUAUGGCUUCCACUCAUCUCCUAUAGAAACUCAUUAGUCACUGGAGGGGAAGAUGACAGAAUGUCAGUGAAUAGUGGAAGCAGCAGUAGCAAAGCUUCAUCAGUAAGGAAUAAGAAAGGUCGGCCACCACUUCACAAAAAGAGAGUUGAAGAAGAAAGUUUGGAUGGCACAUGGCUAAACAGGAAUGAUACAACCAUUCAGACUCCUGGAGCGCUGCCCACCCCUCAGCUCACAUCCACUGUACUGAGAGAAAAUAAUCGACAGAUAGGAGAACAAAUUCAAGAACCUGAGUCAGAACAUGGGUCUGAACCAGACUUUUUACACAAUCCUCAGAUGCAGAUCUCCUGGUUAGGCCAACAAAAGUUAGAAGACUUAAAUCGAAAGGACAGAACAGGAAUGAACUACAUGAAAGUGAGAAGUGGAGUAAGGAAUGCAGUCCGAGGCCUUAUGGAGGAUGAUGCUGAGCCCAUCUUUGAAGAUGUGAUGAUGUCAUCCCGGGGACAGUUGGAGGAUAUGAAUGAGGAAUUUGAAGACACCAUGGUUAUUGAUCUGCCCCCUUCAAGAAACCGAAGAGAACGAGCGGAAUUGAGGCCAGAUUUCUUUGAUUCUGCAGCUAUCAUAGAAGACGAUUCAGGAUUUGGAAUGCCUAUGUUCUGAAGUCUGAUGAAGAAAUUUUAUAAAUCUGGAACUCUAUUAUUUAGAGCUAGAGGCCUAUAUACUGUGAUAGCUUGUAUGAAAAAAAAAAACACUUUUGAUGUGAUCUGCUUUGUUUUUUAAUCAAAUGAUUAAGGUCAGUCCCUUUUUGCAGUGACAGAGCAGAAGAGAGGAGCAUGUAAAUUACACAAAGGAAUGUCAAUGAACAGUCACCUCAGAAAGACUGACCUGAAAAAUCAUUUGUAUUCUAGUACUGGACUAUCCCAAUACAGAUGUGUGUGGUUUUUUUCUGGAUGGGGGGUGGGGAUUUUAAAUUUUUAAGACAGCUGUCAAGAUAAACACUGUUGUACACCUGUUUUAUGAAAACUCAGCAUUGAGUGGAAAAAAAAUAUUUUUAACUUUAUUUUCCUGCUGUACAAUUUAAAACUGUUUUAACAUUUGCCUUUUUAUGUUUUAAGAGCUAACCAUUUUUAUUAAACCUAUGCCAGUCAGUCAUUGACUGGCAACGAUGCUAUAUAAGCCGGUCAUCCUGGUUGCAGAAGAGUGUUUUUGAACACACUGGAUGUGGUUGACAUUGUGGUCCAUGGGCAUGGAGAGGAGCAGAACACUGACAGCCCACGGCACAGCCCUGACCCAGUGCACUGCUGCCAAACACAUACACACCCACACCCACACCCACACACACCCCAAGACAGGGAUGAAAAACCCAGAUUUUAUAUACUCUUGAGAAAGAAGGUUUAUUUUUAUUUAUAAGGGGGCAUAAAAUCAGAAAUGUCCAUGCAGCCACUUUUCCAACAAAUGCUGUGCAACAACACAUUUUAUAUAGCACCAGGGAGACACGAACACAGUACAUUUUCUAUGGGUAUUUGUUCUGUGCAUUUUUAGCAACUUAUACCAGCAAAUAAAGUAUUCUCAGUAAAACAAACAAACAGUUCUCAAGUUAUCAGUUUGCUGUUUUUAUCACUUAUAUCAUGCCCUGCCAAACCCAAGGUACAUAGACUGCCAUUUCCUUAGGAAAAUAAUCAUGAAUUCCUAAAAUAAUCACUUUGCCGUUCAGAAGCAAUUUUAACUGUACCAUCGUUGUGUCUACUUUCCAUGCAGUAAAUACCCUUAUGUGCUGAAUAAUUUUGUAAAUUAAUUUUGCCAGUUAGAAGUAUGUGCUGCAUAGAAGUGUAUGCUUAGAGAGUGAAGUUCUUAAGCUUACCGAGGAAUCCAGCUACAUUUUCGGUAUUAACUGUGCAUAUUAAAAGUUAUUCUUCCAUGGGAGAAAAAUCAUGAAUUUUCACAACAGAAGAAAGGCCAAACUAGCCCUGAGCUAAUCCAUUGUACUAAGAGGUUUAAAUGUCGUCAGUGGUUUGGAGUUUCAUUCUGCUUAGCUUUUCUGACUAUGCCCAGUUGCUGCUAUUGUAGUUUGAGAAAACAACUUUUCUUCAUCCUUUUUGAUUCUUUACUUUAGCACUGGAACUUCAAAACACAGCCAUCCACUGUAAGAACGGCUAUUUCUGAUUAAGUGGUUAUUUUUAAAUCAGCUGCAACAAAAUCAUGAGACUUUCUCUUUUACCAAAAAUUUCAUUCUUUUUUAAAAAGGAUAAAAAUCUGCACACCCGGUGAUUACCUUUUGGGAAGGAGGAAAAAAACUGGAUGUUUUCAUCCUUUUAAUAAACAUAAAAAAUUGAGAUUUUUUGUUUUCAAAAAUAUGUGUACAGUCCUCAAAAUAAGACUUGGUUGCCAAAAAUGUUUGACUUGCUAAUUCAGCAGUUCCUCAGCCAGGGUUAAGAAGGGACAACAAUGCUGUGCUGUUAGAACUGUUACUUUGUUGGGGAAGGAGGACAGCAGGAAUAGCUGCAUUAACACAUCAGCUCAGUAGUUCUGGGAGAGCAGAAGAUCGCGAUCGAUGCUGCAUGGUUUGAGUCACAAUCACACACCGGUCUUGUUCUUCACAGUCCUCUGUGGAAAACUGAAUCCUAACUUAGAAUUGUAGAAUACUGUAUAACAAAAAACAAAAACAAAAAAAAAUGGUUUAAUAUCUA